GAAUGUCCAUUGAAUGUCGAAUUUUUGAUGCUUUGGCUGGGAUUGGAUGAAGCAGAAUAAGUGCUCGUGAUUUUACCUAAAAUACUGAAUAAUCGUGAAUUUAUACUUUACUCGCUGUUGGCAUCUCCUUCAACAUGUCCUUACUGAAUCACUCUCGGGUUUCUAUUAGUGUGAUUGCCAUAUUUAGUUCUAUGCUAUUGCUGGCUAAUAAUUAUGUGCAAGCUAAUGAAAAUGAAGCAGUCAGUGCCUCAAAAAUUGGUCGAGGAGUUGGGCAUAUCAUGAACAUCUACUACUGCUACUCGUGCGGAUACAGGAAAGUGUUUGAAGACUAUGCUGGAAUCAUUUCCCAAAAAUAUCCAGACAUCUCUGUUAUUGGCGCCAACUAUGACCCUCCUGGCAUGAACAUGUACCUCUCAAGGAUGAUAGGUUUUGCAAAAAUGUUGCUGAUCAUGUGCAUAUUGAGCGGAGUGAACAUAUUUGCGUGGCUCAACAAGCCGCAGCCGGCCUGGUGGAGUUGGUGCCUGGAGAACAAGCUGUAUGCCUGCAUGAUGAUGUUCUUCCUUGCUAACAUGCUUGAGGGCCAACUUGUCUCGUCCGGAGCAUUCGAAAUAUCUCUAGAUAAUAUUCCACUAUGGUCUAAACUAGAAACUGGAAGAAUUCCUCAACCGCCAGAAUUGUUUCAGAUAAUUGAUAAUACAUUACAAUUCUCUAAAAUGGAUAUGCCAAAGAACUUUGCGCAAUAGGGUUUAGGGUUUCAGUGGUAAUUAGGACAUCUUAUUCUUUUAAUUAUUUUCUUCUUCCUAUCUUUAUUACUUGCAGCACUAUGAUCAAAUUAAUGUAACUUGUUUCAACUCAUACUAAAGUAUUUAGUGGAAUAUUUAGGCUAAUAUAACUGAUGUACCUAUUG